AAAAACUUAUUUUUUGUUAAGAUAUAUAUUAUUAAAUUUUUGCAAUAACUUUUAAAAAGUAGGAGAUUAUAAAAAUUACAAAUCUUUCUUUAGAAGAUAUACAAGAAAACUUAUUUUAAGACAGACGAAAAAGACACAAAUUUAUUUAUAAAAGAUAUGGGUUGUUGUUGUGGAAAAAAGCCAAUUUAGCGUAAGCAAGUUGAUCCUCCAGUCGAGUAGAAAUAGCCUUAAAGAUAUGAAGUUUAAGAAGAAGUUAGGUAGGCACCAAAAUAACCUGUCGAAUCAAAAAAAGAAGAAGUAAUUGUAAUAGAAGAACAAGAAGAAAUUAAAAUUGUUUAAGAAAAGCGCAGAGAAGAGCCUGUUGCUGUAAAAGCCGCUCCACCUAUACCUAAGGAUACCUAUACUUUAAGCGAUGUAGAUCAAAUUCCAGGAGCUCACAAACUUAAUGAAAAAGAAAAAUAUAAUGUGUUUAGAGCAAUGCUCAUACUCGAUUCUAAAGGAUACAAAAUUCUCUAAAUUACUACAGUUAUCAGUUUUGGAGUUGUUAUCAAUGCUGAGUCUAAAGAAGGGCGAGUUGUUUGUAUGAAGAUACUCUUCCAUGAUGAAUAGUUGUUACCUACAAACGGAAAUGAAGAAGAGUAAAAAAGAAUCUUAUAAAAAGAGCUUGAGGUUAUUUAAAGAGCUCACGAUUCUGCUGUUAAGGACACUAAAGGAUAUGGAAAGAGAGUCUUAAAGUACAAGAGUCACUUCAUAGAAAAUGGAAAAUCUAUUGAAAACACAAAUCUUAAAAAUAAAAGCAAUGAUUUAAUCUUGUUUGUUGAACAAGAAGAUAGUGUUAAUAGCACUCUUUAAGAAUUCAUCAAUCAAAACCGUGGUAAGCUCAACCCUCGUUCAUUCCUUCUUGUUGCAUAAGAUUUAAUUUGGGGAAUGUAGCACUUACAUAAUCAGAAAUUGGUCAAUCGUACUCUUAAUCCAGAUAAAAUUUUAGUAUCAAGUGAUGGCAAAACAUUCAAAUAUUGCGAUUUCCGUGAUAUCAAUUUAGCGGAUAACAAUUAAUAAAUUAAAAAUCUCACAAAAACAAAAUUGGAGAAAGAUAUUCAGCUUUAAUCACCCUAAAUUUAGCACAUUCUCAAAAAUAACCCAUCUAACUUAUACACAAAUGCUCCAACUGAUAUUUGGAUUAUGGGUGCUUCCUUGGCUUAGCUUUCUGAUAUGGACUAAAAGUAGUUUAACCAAUUCUCUGCUCCUGAAAAUAACAAAUUAUUUGUUGGCGAUGAUGAGUAGACAAAAGCAAAACUCUAAAAAGAAGCUCUAUUUUAAGCUAUAGCUGCUCUUUAAGCUAGUUUUUCUAACAAAAGCUAAGUUAAGUCCUCUUACAACCCUUCUGAUUCUAAAUUGAAAAACUAAUUCCCUGGAUCUAGCAAGCUUAAUGAGGACUGUAAUGAAUUAUUAUCUGAGAUUUUAGAGAUAGAUGAACAAGAGCGUCUCAUGCACAAAAUUUCAAGUAGAAUGGAUUAUUUGGCUCUUAAAUAUCACUUAAAUGCAAUUUAACCUCGCCAUCUUCCUGAUUACAUUAAAGGUAAGCAAAUAAAGACAUCAAAUGAUAGGUAAGAUAUUUAGAAAUUGGAAUAAUAAGUUGCUGCCAACCCCUCUAAUGCUCAAGACCAUGCUAAGUUAGCUUCUUGCAUAUUCUAAUAUGACAAGGAUAACAUAAAGAAAGGUAUCGACCAUAUUAACAAAGCUAUCUAAUUAGAACCAAACAACUCUGACUACUAUAAUAUCCAAGGUUGUCUCUAUGAAAAAGCUUUAAUGAUUGAAGAAGCAGAAAAAUCCUUUAAAAUAGCCGUUGAAAAAGAUCCAUCAUCUUCUCUUGCAUAUCACAAUCUAGGUUAUAUGAAUUAAAAAAUAUAUUAAAAUAACGAAGAAGCUGUUAAAUACUAUUAAAAGGCUGUUGAGAAAAAUUCAAGAGCAGAAUCUUCUCUUUUUAAUAUAGCUGUUGCCUAUAAAGACUAGAAGAAAUUCGCUGAGGCUAAGCAAUAAUAUGAAAAGCUUUUAAAAAUAAAUCCUAAUGACAGCUAAAUAUAUAAUAAUUUAGGUUUUUUGUAUGUAGAAAAUCCAUAAUUAAGAGGAAGCGAACAAGAAAGAGAAACUGAACCUGAAGCUUUAUUCAAAAAGGCCCUUGAAAUUAAUCCUAAAGAUAUAUGUGCAUUAGUUAAUCUGUCAUAAGCUCAACUUUAAAAAGAUGCAGGUUUUGAAAUGCAUUAAGAUGAAAUCAUUAAAAACUUAGCAUAUGCUGAAAAAAUAAGCCCUAAGCAUGCCUACAUUUAUUACGUAAAAGGCUUGAUGGAAAUGAUUAAAUCUGAACCUAAUUGGUAAAACGCUCUUGAUAACUUCAAUAAAGCUUUACAAUUCAACCCUGCAUUUUCUCUUGCUGCAUAUUAAAUAGGUUUAAUUUAAUAUGAAGUUUAAACUUUAAAUAAACCAUUAUCAGAAUCAAUACAACAUUAUGAAAAAGCAAUUAUAUUAGAUAGAAAUAAUUACUAUGCAUAUUAUAGUCUUGCAAUAGCAAUUGAAGACCAGCUUAAAUCCACUCACAGCCAAGCAGAAGUCAGUAAACUAAGAGCUAAGUGCUUAGUUAAUUAUCAAAAAGCCAUUUAAGUCAAGCCUGACUAUAUUGAAGCUCUUAAUAAUAUAGCUGUGUUUAUCAAAACUGUUUCCCUUCAAGAAAAUAAAUUGAAGAAAAAUUCAAAAGAAUAUGAAAUAGCAGAGUACUUCUUGAAGUAAGCAGAAGGUUUAGCUCCAAACCACAAAAUAAUUAUUGACAAUUUAGAAAAACUUUACAAUGAAGUCUAGCAAGAAGAUUUAGCCUAAUAGAAAGCAAUUAAAAGCAUUCUUGCUGGAGAAGAGUGA